UUCAUGGCUCGUCUGUCACUAUUUUCAAACGUGAUAAGGGCUCGACCUGGUUCUUUUGGUCUUUCAAGCGUAGCAUCUUCCAACACUUCAAUCCACUUUAUCACAACGAGAAAGAUGAAUAGUCUUCAACAAGCAAGCAGGAUAUAUAAAGCCUUCCAGGCGCAGGAGCCGAGCUUUGGUGGAUGGCAGAUGCUCCCUGGCGCGAACAUAUCGCGGGCUAUUGCUCGCUCUGGCGUCGACUGGAUAUGCGUAGACUGUGAGCACGGGAACAUCGAUGAUAGCCAAAUGCACGAAGCUGUCGUUGCGAUAGCAGCAACCGGUGUGAGCCCCAUUGUCCGCAUCGCUGCUAAUGAAGCUUGGAUGGUCAAGCCCCUAGACUCUGGUGCCCACGGAAUCGUAGUCCCGCUCAUCUACACGGUUGACGAUGCCAAACGCCUAGUAUCGUCUGCGAAAUUUCCACCCCAGGGUCAACGAGGUUUCGGCUCUCCCUUCACCCCGCAAGCUUUUACCAACGACACGCUGUCACAUUACCUGGAAAACGCGAACGCUUCCCUCAUCACGAUCCUCCAGAUCGAGACAAAGUCGGCGCUGGAGUCUGCGCAAGAAAUAGCAGCCGUGCCGGGCGUUGACUGUCUUCUCAUCGGCCCUUUUGACCUCGGAAACAACAUUGGCCGACCUAUUCUGCACAAGGACGGCAUGCAUCAAGAGCUCAAGGACGCCAUUGAGAAGAUCAAAGAAGCUGCGCAUGCGGAGGGGAAGAAGGUGGGCAUUUAUUGCACGAGUGGGGAACAGGCAAAAGAGUACGCGAAGAAAGGAUUCGAUGUGAUUAGCGUUUCGGCGGAUGCCUCUGCGUUGCCAGCGUAUUUCAGUCAGACGUUGGCAGCGGCAAAGGGACAGUAG